AUGGGUUGGGCACCCGGACAGGGUUUAGGGAAAAACAGCAGCGGUAUCAAGGCACCCGUUAAGGCGUCCACACACAAAGGAACACGAGGACUUGGCAUGAAAUCAGAUUUCACUGUGGGCCUCAAACAAAUUGACGAGUAUGCAAGUCUCCUACGUGCACUAAACGAUGCGCACAGUAAUCCUGACAAACCGAAUCUAGUCGGUGAAUGUUUAUCAACCAAAUCACGACGAGGCACAAAAGCCAUAUGUGCUAAAGACGCAUCAAAAUACAGUGAAAAAGAUCUUUCCAUUGUUCUUGGGCGUUCGGAAGCACGUUUAGAAAAGAAAAAACUAACACCAAAUACAUCUGUUAGUAAUUAUGAUGUCCAGUUUCCAACCGUAGUAAGUUCAGUUUCUGCCUCAGAAUACUUCGCAAAAGCCAAAAAGCGCAAACUUGAAAGCGCGAAACAAGUUUUUAACGCACUAAACAUGACAUCAACCGAAUGCAGUAAGGACAGUUGGCGGAUAGAUGGAUUAACAACACCGAUCAGCUUCGACAUGUGCACAAAUAAUCAUGAUAACCAGUACACUACGUUAACAAAAUCCUGUGAUAAUCAGCAGUCAGAAGAUUACAAUGAUGUUGCAAACCUAUCCAUCGAUGAACAAUGUAAGCUACCUAUAUUAGAAAACUAAAACUAAAAUGUAGGUAUCAACCAGAAAACGAAAAAGAUCGAAACUAUAAAUGCAAUAGAAAGUGAGUUGUAUUGUUUAUUAACUAACUACUUACUUAGAUGUUAUUAAAAUGGUAUUCAAUCAGUCCAACUUACUUUCAGUUCCGGGAUAUUGUCACUAUUGACUGUUUGCAAAUAAAAAGGGUUGACUUAAAUUUGCCACUUUCUUCUCUUUUUUGCUUCUAUAUUUGAUUUAGUGUUCUAGGUAAAGUAAGUAAAUAACAGUAAACUUUCGCCAACUAAAGUAGCCAGAAUGUGUUACCACAGCCUAUCUCGACACGUCAUAUUAACCGAAGAAGAAGUAGUUCGGUAAAAGGCUGAGUGGGAAAAACUAAGACAUGACAUCAACGUAUGGCGUCACUGACUGUUGUUCUGUUUUUAGCCUAACCCCUUCUCGAUGCAACCAAAGUGAUUAUUUAGUCUUCAAUUCACCUGGCUAAGCUAUAGGUGAAUAACCGAUCAGCUGGCACCGUCUGACUGCUCAGACAGUAUUCGUGACUCACCAGUCCCAUCGCUUCUGCCUUCAUGUGAUGGUUGUGGUUGCAUAUCACAAUAACCCGCCAAGCUGCACUGACUAGAACGCCUGUUCCUUGAGGUCAUUAUGUGCGACGAACCUUUGUUGGAUAGUAGUAAAAAAGCAGUUGGGUUUAGAAUUUAAAUAACUCACCUCACUAUGCAUCUCAGCCGACCAAGAUUAACAACCUUAUCAAUCGACUUCCCUUUCAUGCCUAGUACCAUUCGCCUGACUUCAACAUUGCUCACAAGGCGAUUCCACCAAACGCGAGCAAUGCUGCAAAACUGCAUGUGUUCGAAAACCUGCGAUCUCUUCUUGCCUACUACUUUCAACGGCCACGUCUCACGAACGCGUAACAGGACAGAACAGACUACAGUGCAGUAUACUUAUCCUUUGAUAGAUAGUCGGAUACCUCGCCAGUCAGCUCCAUAGAUGACGCUAGCUGGAAAUACCAAACAGGCCUUUCGCACAGCAGAUGAGAUCACACAAACAAUUAACUCUUCCAGGCAGAUGCGAUUCCCCAAGUAAGUGGAACGGGUGACGUAUUCCACCGGUUCACUUCCGAUCUUUGAAGGAAGAGUAGCUACAGACCAGUCCCGAAGGAUCAUCUUACAUUUGACAGGUGCGAAUUGGAUGACAGACAUGCUCAGAGUCCUACUCAACGCGUUCAGGAGACCCUGCAUUUUGUUCGCAUCUUCACGUAGCAAGACAAUAUCAUCUGCAUGUUCCAAUUCUACCAGAUGACCUCCAGAGAGCAGAUCAAUCCCUGUGAAGUCAGAUGUACCUAAAGAUUUGUCCACCAGCACGUUUAUGAUGAAUUUAAUUAGGAACGCUUUGAUUAGCGUCAUGUACAUGCUCAGUAAUCCCUCCUCAGUCAGACUUCCACAACCUCUCACGGUCAACAGAGUCAAAUACCACUUGCAGGUCAACAAAUAUGACACGUGUAGGCCACCGAUAGAUAUACCUGCCUUCUACGACUUGUCGGAGGGUGAAAUACGUUUGACGCACCCUCGUCUAGGUAUGAGACCUGUCUGGUUUUCUUGAGCUUGCUGUUUUCGAUCUGCGAUUAGGCAUCGGAUAAUAAUGGACCCUAGCAUCUCGGAUACAACAUUAGUCAAAUUAAUUCUCCCCGUAUGGUCAUCACAUGAAGACUUCUCUCUCUUCUUAUAAACUGGGACGAUCAGUUAAGUAGGCCAGUUUGAUGAAACUACUUCUGAUUCCCAUACACUACCUAGUACCUCUGUCACUUCAAUUAGAAAUUACCUACCCCAUCACUGAAACCUUCGCAUGGCAAAGUGUCACGUCAUGCUGCUUUGCACUGUUUCAGGUUCGAUAUAGUCUUCUCAAUAAACCUCAAGGAGAACUGAAGGACCGAUUUCGAUAUUUCAUUCAAGUUCAGACUGGACACUGAGCAACUGAAGCACUGUUCAGGGCCAGUUGAACUGUACUUCGAACUGUUCUCCCUAAUGUCCUGACCAGGAAGGGUACCAUCCUUCUCGGUGAUCGUCUUACUCACCAUCACCUUCUUCUUGCCGCUAUCCUUAACAGGCCUAAAUGGUUGCCAAGUGUUACCCAACGCUGAUGUCUUCCCCUUCCCUCUCGAUAUCCAUCACUGCUCGCGAUCGACACACAGACCCUUGUCAACUUACGUCCGAGUUGUUAUCGUUCUUCGUCGUGGUCAGUGCCAGCUGGGUAAUGAGUCUUCACACAUAAAUCAUUUUGGAUGACGUAGCGGAAAUCCAGUGGUGUUUGCUAACCUUCGGGUGUAGAUCACCAGUUGUCUUUACGGCUGUUCCUACAGCAGACUUAAUAUCAGGAUGAGCAUUGCUGUCACCUUCAGAUAAAUGCUUAGCUAACCCCUCCCCUUAAUACGUAUAUGGCGUCCUCAUCUUUCAGUCGAUCACAAACAGGCUUUAUUAUCAUAUGUUUCCUGCGACCAGUAAGGCACAGACACACACGAAACCGUACUGGCGCAUAAUCGGAGUAUAAACUGGUACUCCAGAAAGAGCAGAAAUCCUUCACCCAUCAUCUCCAACGAUGGGUCAUAGCAACAUGACCUAUCGGUGGAGACCAUGUCAGACAGUCCCUCUUCUUAUCUCUAAAGUUAGUGCCGACCAGAAAGAAAAUUGCAACGGACGAUCAUUGUUGUUGGUUCGUUAGCAUGGGAUUCCAUAAAUAUCUCCGAGAUGCCUUUCCGAUGGGCUCAGCUUCCUUACUUAUGCGUUAAAGUCAGUUGUCAUUAUGACUCAGCUGAACGUUUUGCCAUCUGUAGCGAAAUUGACAGCUCAUCAAAUUUAUCCUUUGCAUCAUCCAAACUUCAGUGAAUGAGUAGGGGGAGAUCACGAACAGGAAUUGCUUAGUCUCUUGAUCUUGCCUAUUCUUUACAGAUCCAUUUAGUCGAACAGCGCAUAGGCGGCUGUUUAGGAGAGUCCAUUCGAGCGCACUUUUUUCUCCAUAACUGAAUGCUAUGUCUACGCUAUUGAGUUCACAAGAGCUAACCAAUGGGAUUCUGGAUACUCAUGAAGUGAAUUUUGAAGAUUCACUGCACUGCUUAGUUGAGGUCAAUUUAAUAACCUCACUCAGGUCCUGUAUACAUGUAUCAGAGGCACAGUAUACAUCUUUGGCUAGAAUUUCCAGUUUUAACAGGCGAUAUCGCUGUCCGAUAUAGCACAGAGUUCGGACGUUCAAAGCUCCUACACGACAUCGAUGGCGGUGUCUUAGGAGACUACGAACGACGUUCCAGUGGUUUUGAUCAUUGACAAUGAUCGCAGAAUGAAAGGUUGGGCAAGGCGUAAGAGGCUUAAUAUAAGCACCAAGAGGUAAAGUCAAAGGAGGAGACAGAGUUGAAGAGGAUAGUUUACCUUAGAUUGGGUCUUGUGUACCACUGAAAGCGUGCAAGUGGUUGACACUUCCCGGCUGUCCACAUCGUAAGAAGGCUUUCUUAAGAUACCUGAAAGAAAAUAAAAAAAUAUGCUUGACCCCAGAGCCCGUUGGACAUCUGCCUGAGGCCUUUGGGUGCCGUUGUUUUGGGGUUUAGUUCUUCUAACGCCAGAUAGAGAAAACUUAAACCACCAACAUACGUAAACCAUGAAGCAAGGGAAUGUUAUUUUGGAAGCGGACUUCUUCUAACCUCUACCUCUUCCCAUAGGGAAGGCAGCACUAACGUGGCACUUCUGGUCAUCCAAGGGAAACAUCUUAAUGCAGUCAUACCACAUCAAGCUGACAGUACGACAUCGCCCUCAGACCCGUCAUAGUGUAGCAAUAUACAUAUUAUACACUCCUUUCGUCUUAUCAGUAUCCUAGAAGCCUUUCCGGUAUGGUAGGACCUCGAAGGAACGCGCAUUUCAGAGUGGCCAGUUAGGUUAUUGUGAUAUGCAAGUUCGACCGCCACAUCAAGGUAUCAGCUGUCGGUCGGUCAUGAGAAGAGGAUGACUGAUACAAUAAUCGAAUUCGGUAUGAUGAUUGAAAUGAAGAUAAUAUGUGGAUACCUUGCACCACUAACAUCGAUUCUGAGCCCCAUCACCUAGAGUCUCUAACCAGUGAUUUCACUUAUCACGCAGACUCCAACUGGGAAGGGAAGUUUACACCUUCCUCACAAUGCAAAUAUCAAAAGUCAGACUCCAUGAACUUACACCCUUUUUUGAUCUGGUCGCCUCAAACCUUGUUUUAGUUUGAACCUACUUCAGCUAACAUUGUGCGAUGAAGCAGACGGUGGCUAGGUAUACUUAACAAAGGUCCUAGCCACCUGAAUCAAUGAACGUUCACCUCAUCAACCUAAAACUCUACUACAGAGUGAAGUGUCGGUGAUGUGACGGUUGCAUAAUACAUGGUCUGUGCAAAGACAGUAGACCACUACAUUACUUCUUCUGAUUUAGGCAAGUUUUCGCGAUUAUUCCCUAGUAACCUACUGCAUGUAAAAAGUACGGUUUUAUCGCUGAAUUAUUGUACUUUAGGAUUUUUGUCUACAAUUAUUCACUCUAACAAUCUUUACAAUUACUGCACGAAAAUGCACAUAAUAUCAGAUUAUUGAAAUCACUUCAAUCUGUAUUCCAGCGGUUUUAUGAUGACUGUUAUAAGUGUCAUGUGUUGUGAACGUUCAAUCACAACUGAUUAGCCCUUCCUUUUUCAGCCGCCAUCUUUUUCCUUUCAAUUGUUUUGCAUAUCCCAGACUAGCAAAACUGGGGAAAUAAAGUGGGUGAAUGGGGCAAUCCAUUAUAAUGGGUAUUUCGACUAAAACUUUAAAGGAAGUAUCAACUCACCAAGUAGACGUAAUUUAUUUAAUAUUUUGCAAACUUCAAUACACAUUACCAACACUUUAAAUGGGCAAAUAAUUACAUUAAAUUGUGACUCGGUAUAUGCUCAACAUGUGGAAAAAAGACUGAAUUACUGAAGUUCAUGUGAUUAUUUGCCCAUCUGAAGUCUUGGUAAUAUGUAUUGAAGCUUCCAAAAUAUAAAAUACAUAACACCUACUCGAUGCUCCC